AUGUGUGUGCAGGCGGUUGUGCAGACUGUGGAUAAUCUUUUGCAUGCCGAGGCUUUAGAGUCAUGGCAGGACAUGAACAGUACGGAGCAGGCGCACACUGCCACCAUGCUACUGGACGUCAUGGAGAAAGGAGCCUUCCUGUUGGCCAAUAACAUGUACAAUAAUCACUUCUCAGACCACGCUGCCAAUGUCGAUCUAGAGGUGCGUGUGUUGAACACAGAGACAGAUUCUCAGGAUUUGUCGUUCCCUCAGAACGGUCCCAGCGACAGCAACAUCCAGCUCUCGGCUUCCACCUUCAAACAAUACAGCCGCAAUGGCCAGGUAAAAGUGGUCUUCGUGCUCUAUAAGAACCUGGGUUCGUUCCUGUCCACUGAAAACGCAACCGUGAAGAUGGAAAUGGAGGCGGGGCUUGGUGGGCGGGGCCUGGCAGUGAAUUCACACGUCAUCGCAGCGUCGAUCAAUAAAGAGUCCAGUCGAGUGUUUCUGACUGAGCCUGUGGUGUUCACACUUAGACAUUUACAGCUGGAGAAUCAUUUCAGCCCAAACUGUUCAUUCUGGAACUACUCUGAGCGUUCAAUGACGGGCCAGUGGUCAUCUCAGGGCUGUAGGCUGAUGGAAACCAACAGCACACACACAACUUGUUCUUGUAGCCAUCUAACCAACUUUGCCGUUCUCAUGGUACACCACGAACCCAACUAUCCAGGCAGGAUGCACGAGCUGAUCCUCUUUGUGAUCACAUGGGUGGGUAUCGUCAUUUCGCUGGUGUGUCUCGCCAUCUGCAUCUCCACCUUCUGCUUCCUGCGAGGCCUGCAGACUGACCGCAACACCAUCCACAAGAACCUCUGCAUCAACCUCUUCAUCGCCGAGCUCCUCUUCCUCAUCGGCAUCGACAAGACACAGUACCACAUUGCAUGCCCCAUUUUUGCGGGCCUGCUGCAUUUCUUCUUCCUGGCUGCGUUCUCCUGGAUGUGUCUGGAGGGAAUCCAGCUGUAUCUGAUGCUGGUGGAGGUCUUUGAGAGCGAAUACUCCCGAAAGAAAUACUACUACCUGUGCGGCUACUGCUUUCCCGCCCUUGUGGUGGGCAUCUCAGCAGCCAUUGAUUACCGCAGCUAUGGGACUAAGAAAGCGUGCUGGUUGAGAGUGGAUAACUACUUCAUCUGGAGUUUUAUCGGCCCUGUGUCCUUCAUUAUCAUGUUAAACCUGGUGUUCCUCAUGAUAACACUCCACAAGAUGGUCCGUAACUCAUCCGCCCUCAAACCCGACUCCAGUCGCCUGGACAACAUCAAGUCCUGGGCUCUGGGGGCUAUCGCACUGCUAUUCCUCUUGGGUCUGACCUGGGCCUUCGGCCUCCUCUUCAUCAAUGAGAACACCGUCAUCAUGGCGUAUCUUUUCACCACCUUUAAUGCCUUCCAGGGCAUGUUCAUCUUCAUCUUCCAUUGUGCUCUACAGAAAAAGGUGCAUAAGGAGUACAGCAAGUGCCUGCGUCAUUCUUACUGCUGCAGUCGCACCUCCACUACGAGCUCUCAUGGAUCGCUGAAGAAUUCUGCCCUUCGUGCCAACAACCGCUACUACACCGGCAGCCAGGCACGUCAUGCAGCGGUACACAGACAGAGUCGAAUUCGUCGUAUGUGGAACGACACGGUGCGAAAGCAGACAGAGUCAUCCUUCAUGGCUGGAGACAUCAACAGCACUCCCACUCUCAACCGUGGUACAAUGGGGAACCAUCUUCUGACGAACCCUGUGCUGCAAACCCGUACAGGAACCUCUCCUUAUAACACGCUGCUGGCUGAGACGUUUACCCCGCCCUCGCCUGGAGUCUUCAACUCUACUGGAACUUUCCGUGACCCAAAGAGCACACUGUCUAAGAACCGAGAUCAUGGAGGCAUGGAGACGCUACCUCUGAAUGGGAACUUCAACAACAGCUAUUCACUGCGUAGUGUCGGGGGUUCGGGAGCUCCCGGGGGCAGCUGUGACUUCCUGGGAGGUGGAGGUGGAGAUAGCCCCCCUCCCCUACUCAAUCCCCACGGUUCCGAAACUCUCGGUGGCAUACAGAGAAACCUCUCAGACGCAGCAGCUUUCGAGAAGAUGAUCAUAUCUGAACUUGUGCACAAUAAUCUCCGAGGCAGUGGAGGGGCUGGGGGCGGUGACAGAACAUGUGGUAGCCUGGUCAGAGGACAUGGGCACAUGGGAAUGGGGCGGGGCGGAGGCGCGGCAGAGCCGGCGAUAGGCAUGGAGAAUGACGAAGACUUUCGUUCGAGAGAAGCACGACAGCGCACGCCGCAAGACGUGGAACUGCUGUACAAGGCUCUGGAGGAGCCCCUGCUGCUGCAGCGUGCCCAGUCCGUGCUCUACCAGAGUGACCCAGAGGAGUCCGAAAGCUACACAGCCGACCUGACCGAGAGUUUGGGCCACAGCGGUCACAGCGGCCAAAGUGCAGCAGGCCAGGGCCACAACGGAGCCCCCGAUUCACCUGCGCGGGACUCCCUCUACACCAGCAUCACCAACCUGCGAGAUUCACCCUACCCCGACAGCAGCCCAGAGCCGCUAGAGGUGGUUCCGCGCUCGGCUCAGCCUCCGGAGGAGCUGUACUACAGCUCGGGUCGGCCUGCCAUAGGCUCCCGCGGAGCCCCCAUGCAGACCUUCUACCAGGCUCCACCUAGGAGACCGAGCACUGAAGCCCACCCCACCCCUGAGCCCCCUCACAGCGAGGGAGAUGGACAGAUGCAGCUGGUCACAAGCCUGUGACUACGAGGAAGAGGUGGAGGAGACAGAGCGCCACAGGGUCUGAUGCAAAGUGCCGAUGGCGAUGAUGGACUCAUCUCCUGUCUCUGACGCCCUCCUUAUGUCUGGUUGCCUUUUUGCUCUUUCAUUUGUUUUGAAGUAAGAGGUAAGGAAAGCCUAAACAGGGAGAGCGACAGAGAGGUUUGUCUCCAUGGCAGCAGGCUCUCUGAAGUGCUGUGUAACCACUCUGCCCUCUCAUCAGCAUCAUUUUCUCCUCCAUCCUCACACACACACA